AUGGCGAAUGGCGUUGCUGGUGGCACGCGCGGAGCCAGCCAGGGUGGCGACCCCUGGACGUGUCGCGCGUGCGCUGCUGGCUACAGCAACAUGGCCUGGCGCAUGGAGUGCAGGCUCUGCAAGGCGGCGCGGCCGCCGCGCGGCGCUGGCACGAUCGGCGAGGCCAUCGACAAGGCCAAGGCGCAGGCCAAGGCCAAAGGGAAGGCGAAGGCCGAGGCGAAGCGCGUGCGCUUUGCCUCGGAUGUGCCUGGCCCUGCCGCCGCUGCGGCCACGCCGGCGCCGUGGGCGCGGGGCGCGGCCAAGCAGGCGGCCGAGGAGCAGCCCAGGGGCAGCGGCGGCAAGGACGAGGAGGUUCGCCAGGCCCUCCUCCGCCACUUUGGCCCCAGGGAAGGCUGGUCGGCGGCCCUGGUCCAGGACUUCGGGGCCUUGGUGCCUGUGGUGGACGCGCCGCCGCCAGCGAAGCCCUUGGCCGAGCUGUCGCUCCAGGCCCUCCUGGCCAGGGAGGCGAAGAUCAAGGGCCAGGUCGGUCGCGCGGAGAUCGCGCUGGCGGCCGUCAAGGAGGAGCAGGCGGCCGUCGCUGUCCGCGUGGCGGAGCAGGCUGAUGUCCUCCAGAAGCGGCGCGACCAGCUGGAGGAGGUGGCCGAGGCUGUGCGUGCCAGGAAGCGCGCCGACCUGGCGCAGCACACGGGGCCGUCGCCCAUGGAGGAGGGCGAGCCUGAGGAGGCCGCGGGCUGCCUGGGCAAGACGCUGCUCAAGGGCCUCGAGGCGGAGCGGGAGCGGGUUCUCCUGCUCGGGGAGGAGGGCGGCGCCCUGCUCGCGAUGGCCGCCGAGGCCCGCAGCCUCGUGGAGAAGCUCGCCGCCGCCGACGCCCGUGCUCGCGAGGCAGCGGCGGCCGAGCGGGCCCGCGCGACUGCAGCCGCAGCUGAGCGGGCCGCCACGGCGCAGGAGGCCGCUCCCGCGGCUGAUGGCAGUGAUGAUGGCGCUGCUGGUCCUCCUGGGGACCGCAAGCGCGUCGGCGACCUUGACCUCGGCCCCGAGCUCGUCGGGCUUGACGCCGUGUUCGACGAGCUGGGCAUGGAGGGCGAGCAGCAGCGCGCUGCCUGGCGCGCAGCGCUGGCCAAGCGCCAGCGGGCGCUGGUCGAGUGGCUGCACGGUGAUGUGGGGCGGCUGCCUGCGGUGCUCUGCCUCCAGGAGCACCGCCUCAAGGGCAAGCAGGCGGUGGCCCGCGCUGCGGGCUGGAUGCAGGCGCGCGGCUUCAGCUGGCACGGCCAGGCAGCGCUGCCGACGGGCCCAGGGCCGCUGGAGAGCUCGGGAGGAGUGGCAGUGGCCACUCUGCGGCCGUCGGCGGCCGCCGCCGCGCCUGGGCUCCCUGCCCAUCGGUUCCAGGUGUGCGAGGUGAACCUGGGGUUCAGGGGGCCGUGCCGCUUCAUCUCGGCUUACUUCAUCACGAAGGUAGGCAGGGCGAAGGAGAACAUCGUGCUCCUGGCGGCGCUGCACGAGUUCGUGGGGCAGCUGGAGUCGCCGUGGAUCGUGAUGGGCGACUGGAACAUGGAGCCCGAGGACGUCCGUGAGUGGGCGCGCAGCGCUGGUGGUGUGCUCGUCGCCCCAGAGGAGCCGACCUGCGGCACGAAGGUCUUCGACUUCGCGGUCGUCAGCAAGGUCCUCGCGGGCUUUGUGGAUGCGGCCGAGGUGCUGCUGAGGGCGCCGACGAAGGACCACGUGCCGUUCAAGGUGGUGCUUCGCGGCGUGAGGCCAGCGGCGAAGGUGCAGCGGCCGUUCUUCCCUGCCGCCUUCCCAUUGCCGCUGCCGCCGCCAGUGCGGCCAGCGCAGCUCGAUCGUGCCUUCUCGGCCUGGAGCCCUGGCGGCGGGCAGUCGCUCAUGGUGGGAUGCCAGGAGUGGUUCGGGGCGGUGGGGGCCUACCUGAUCGACCUCCACGAGAUCGUGCCGCCCAGCCGCUGGAAAGGGCGCGCUGGCGGGCUGCGCGCGCAGAGGGUCGAGAUGGAGGUGGCCUGGAAGCAGGACCUCAAGAGGAGCGUCGGCGCUGCCUGCAGACGCUGGAUGUCCUUCGCGGCGGCAUGCGCCCGCUGGCGCGCGCUGCAGGAGGCGGCGCCAGGAGGUCGCUGCUGGGCGCCGCUGCGCAAGCAGCGCGAGGUGCUGAUGGCGUUCGAGCUCGAGUGGCCUGAGGAUGGCCCGCUGGCUGGGCUGUCGGUGGCCCGCGUGGUGGGCUUGCUCAGCUCUUCAUCGUGCCAGCUGACGGUGCAAUUCGUCCAGGGGGAGGCGAGGCAGCGCUGGGGGCUGGACAAGCAGCAGAAGGCCGCGGAGUGGCGCGCCUGGGCCCAGGCCGCGGCCACCGAGAAGGGCGGCUCGGCGGCCUACCGCUUCACCAAGCAGGUCGCGGUGGUGCCCACUGUGGUGCUCGCGGGCGCGGAUGGUGACGACGACCCGCGCAUGCCCGUGGCGGGCGAGGCCGCAGUGGCUGCGCUGCUGGAGGCGCGGCAGCCGCUCUGGAUCAAGCAGUCGCGCGCAGGCGAGGCGGCGCCCGAGGAUUGGGACAUCCAUGAGUCGGUGCUGCCGCCGCUGGAGCUCGAGGACCUCGAGCGGGUCUUGGGCACCUACCGCGAGGGGUGCGGCCUCGGGUGGGAUAGGCUCCACCCGAAGCAGCUGCUGCGCCUCCCGCGGUCCUACAGGCAGCGCUGCCUGGAGCUCCUCAUGGCCUGGGGGCGGAAGCUUUCGCGGGAGGCGCUGUGGCAGCUGAUCGUGGUGUUCAUCCCCAAGGCUGCUGGCGGCCAGCGGCCGGUCGGCCUCACGGCCAUCUGGCUGAGGGUCUGGAGCAGGAUGCGGCAGCCGCUGGUGGCCCGCUGGGAGGUCUCGUUGAAGAACCCUGCCUUCUGGGGCACGUCGGAGUGCCCGUGCGAGCGCGCGGGGGGCCUGGUCGCCAAGGGGCUGGUCAUCUCGGAUGCGAAGACGGGCUACCUAGCGAACAGCGAGGACCUCGGCGACGCGCUGGACGGCUGCUGGGCGCACGGGCCGCUGCCCCGCUGGACUGGCGCCCGCUGCCUUGGCGGCGACGCCGGGGGCAGCCCCGCGGCCGCCGCCGUCUGGGGCUCCGCGGUGGCGGGCCUCGCCUGCGGGAGGCUGCACGGCCUGCGGGUCGCCGCCAUGUGCGCGGAGGACAGGCUGCCCAUGGGCGCCAGCGUCGGCCUGCGGCUGCGGGCGCUGCACGGCGCUGCCGACCGCGACCCCUUCGUGGUGCAUGCGGCGGAGGUGGCGCGCUCCUGGGGCAUGACGCUGGAUGCGGGCCUGCCCAGCGCCGCUGUGGUGCAAGAGUGUUGGCUCGGGGCGCAAGGCCUGCUCGACCUUCGCAGCCCCUGGGGGCAGUGCCGCGACCCUGCGCAGGCUUGUGUGAUGGCGUUGCGGCGGGUCGGCUGCGAGAUGGUGGCCUACAAUGCCGUCAUCGACUGGCAGGCGCGCGUCGUCUCGCUGGAGUUCUACUCGCCUGGCAUGCUGGUGCAGGUGGCGCGCGCGUCGGCGAUGCUGGCCUCGGACGUGCUCGCGCUGAAGCGGCUGCGCGGGCCUGGCGCCUGGGCAUGGCCUGUGCACUGGAAGGGGCUGGAACGCCUCCUCCACGCGCGCCGCCGCCCCGAGGGGCAGGCCGACACCGAGGCCGCCGAUGGCGCUGGCCGCCUGGUGCCCGCGCCGCCGCCGCCGCACUGGCAGGCCCGCCACAGGCGAGCGCUCGUGGCGGUCCUCGGCGGCUCCCACUGGCCGCAGGAGCGCCUCUGGAAGGAUGGCAAGGCGCGCGACGGCCUCUGCCGCCUCUGCGGUGGCCGAGGCACGCUGUGGCACAGGGCCUUCGAGUGCGACGCCUGGCUGCCCCUGCGGCGGGGCGCGUGCUCGCCUGCGCUGCUGGAGGGGGCGCGGCUGGUGACGCAGCGCGGGGACGCCGCGGCGGAGCUCUUCGCGCGUGCGCUGUGCCCCGACCCCGCCCUAGCCUUCCCCGCGGCGGCCGACGCCGCGCUCGCGGCCCCGCGCUGGUUCGGCGCGCAGCCUGGCUCGAGGUUCGCGGGCAGGGUCUUCGUGGACGGCAGCGCUAGGUUUCCUGCGCUGCGCGGGGCCCGCCGCGCAGGCUGGGCGGUGGUGCCGAUCGGCUUCAGCGGGGAGGUCAUCGGCGGGAUGCACGGCAUCGUCCCGCGGGCGUACGGGCCCGAGCAGGAGGCCAGGGACGGCGAGGACUACGCGUUCCACAUGCUGGCCCAGUGCUGGCUGCCGUCGGCCGACGGCUCGGGCCUCGAGGUCUUCUGCGACUGCGCGGGCACGGUCGGCUUGGCGCUCUCGCAGGGCAAGGCCCUCGCGCCGCUGCAGGCGCGCCGCCACCUGUGGCAGGAGUGGUGGGCAGGGCCAGGCCCGUCGGCCACGGUGCGCAAGGUCAAGGCGCACAAGGCGCUCGCUGCAGCGGCCUCCUGGGAGGAUGAGCUCCUGAUCAGGGGCAACAGGGCAGCCGACCUGUGGGCCAAGCGAGGCGCCGCCUUGUGGCCGAUCGACGAGGAGCGGGUCUGGUUCCUCCAGGCAUGCGCCUGGCGCGUGGAGGAGCUCGGGCGCUGGGUCGGCGAGCUGGCCGCCACCAUGGUGGACCGCGAUCAGCUGGACUCGGACGGGGUGGUGGGCACGGCCGACCUCGUCUACGACAUCCCGCAGGCGGCGCUGGACGCGGCGGAGCUGGCCGACGCGGAGGUGGCGGCGCUGGCGCUCGAGGCCGACCCCGAGCUCGGCCAGGCGCCUGGCGCUGCUGCUGGGGCCGCUGCUGGCGUGGAGCUCGGCCAGGCGCCCGCCGCUGCCGCUGGGGCCGCUGCCGACGAGCUUGCGGAUGCAGCUGUGGCCGCUCCCGAGCUGAAGGCUGCGGUAGCUGGAGCUGGAGUGGCGCGGGCGGUGCGCGGGCACUGCAUCGUCGUCUCGCGCCUCGUGAACGGCGAUGGGGCCAUGGCCUGGUGCCUGAAGUGCGGCUGCCGCUUCUGGAAGCGGCCCCCUCCAGCUGGGGCAGGCCUGCUGGGCAGCUGCAAAGGGCGGCCCGCCCCGGGCGAGAGGGCGGCGGAGGCGCGGCGGCUCUUGAUGCGCCUCCAGGAGCCGAAGAGCAGGGCUCGGCUCUUGGCUCCGCAGCCGCCCACGGAGGAGGAGCGGGCGCGGCUGGCGGCGGUGCUCCACGGCGACGCAGGCGCUGAGGACGGCGCUGGAGCUCCCGCUGGAGCAGGGCGGCCGCCGCGCUGGGGGCUGCGGCCCGCCACGGCUGACGCCUGGCAGGCGGCCGAGCUCCACGGCUUCGCCUCGCCCGCCGCCGCUGCUCGCUGGGCGCGGGCGCGCGUGGCGGCGUGCAGGGAGUCGCCCUUCGGCGACGGCGACGGCGCGGCCUGA